CCAAAAUGGAAUCUUUCUUUGAGGACAUGACAUUACCGUCCACCUCCCAGUCCACUCCUAAGAGCGGACACGGCGGCCUACAGAUGGCGCAGGAAACAGACCAUGACUCCUCAUUCGGGAAUUUCUCAACUGGGAGCAUGACUGAAGCUCAACAGCAACACACCAGCUCGAGCAUUGACGCCAUAAGCAGAAGGGUGCAGGAGCUGGUGGAAAAGAUUAAUAACGACCGCACCAGUGACCAGAAAGUGUUGGACAGCUUUAAUGAGAAGUUGGUGCAGAAGGUGACAGAGGGGUGUCAGCAGAUGCAGGAGCACAUGUACCUGGUUUACGAGAAGAACAGUAAUGAGAUGCAGGUGAAGCUGCAGGAGUUGGCAGAGGUCCUGGGCAGCUGCACUAAACUCUGCAGUGAGCUUCAGGAGGCCAACCUGGCGCUGGCCAGUCUCAGAGCGGGUCUGGCCAUUUCAAUCACAGAGUCCCCAUAA